AUGUUCAACAAUUACAAUUUACUUGAUUUGAUGGUUACCGAUUACGGAAAUUAUGCCCGUAAAAUUUUGCGAAUAGUUUUUUCUCGAGAUGAACUCAAGAGUUCGAUACUGCCACCUGGUAAACCUCAUUUUAGACGUCAGCCACUUGAUCAAGAUCGCUUCAAAAUUUGUAUGAAUGCAAUUCCGUAUAAAUUUAAACUGGAUGUAGUAAAUUUUGGUUUAUUUUAUCCAGCACUUUUAAGAAGAAAAUUAACCGAUUUCUUAAUCGAAGAACGUCGACGUGAAUCAACUAAAGAAGCUCGACAAUCAAUACAACGAAAUGAUACACAGCAAAGAAGUCAAGCAGACUUUUGA